GAUCUCCACUUCUCUCCAUCCUUGGCCAUUGUUUGGCUCGCACACACAAGAGCAUCUCCUUGCCCAUCAUGGCCGACAGCAUGCGCGGAGCAGAUGCGUCGCAAGACACGCGCUUCAAGGACAAGGAGGCGCUUAGCAUCAAGGCUACAAAGUUCCCGGCUCACUUUAGCGAAAAGGUCGACCUCCGCAAGGUCAAUGUAUCGGUUCUGAAGCCGUGGAUCGCAAAGCGUCUGACUGAGCUCAUGCGCUUCGAAGAUGACGUUGUUGUGGAGUACGUCUACAGCAUGCUGGAGGACAGGGACAAGCCUAUUCCCGACCCAAGGAAGAUGCAGGUUGCGCUCGUCGGCUUUAUGGACAAGUACGGCGCAGCUGCGUUUGUUGACGAGCUGUGGAAGCUGCUCCUUUCGGCCCAGAAGACUGUUGGGGGUGUCCCUGCCGAGUUCAUUGCCGCGAAGAAGGCAGAACUCGAAGAGGCACAGAGAAGGGGACCGGUAGACAACGAGGCCCAGAUGCGUGCGCGCGUCGAUUCCAUGCGCGAUGGCCCCAGGAGAGAUGACCGAGGUGGACGUGACGACUACCGCUCUGGCCCACCUAGGCGCUUUGACGAUCGCGAUCGCGGCGGCCGGUAUGGCGACCGUGGAGGAUAUGGCGACCGCGACCGCGGCUACGGUGGACGUGGUGGAGGCGGAGGCGGAGGUGGGUACGGUCGCGACCGUGAUGGAGGCUUUGCCGGUCGUGAGCGCGACAACGGGUACGGAGCGCGUGCUCAGCGCGAUGGCCGUGACUCGCGCGAUGCUCGCGACAGGUCGCCGCCUGCUCGCGGCGAGUACCGUCGCCGUUCGCCUUCCCCGCCUCCUCGCCGCCGUUCGCCUUCGCCUCCUCCUCGUCGCCGCUCUCCUUCCCCUGCGCCCCGACGCCGGCGCUCGCCGUCCAGGUCGCCCAGCCGAACCCCACCCCGUCGCCGGGGUGGCCGUGAUGAACGCGACGGCACCCCCGAGCGUAAGCGUGAGCGGAGCCCGACAAUUACGCCUCCGCGCCGUGCCCGUGAGGAGGAAGGUGGACGAGGUGGUCCGUCUCGGCGUGCUCGCGACGAUGACACUCCUCCUCGGCGCAGCGACAAGUAUGACGACACUCCGCCUCGGCGCGGUCGUGGUGGUGGUGGUGACGACGACACGCCUCCUAGGCGUGGCGGACGCGAUGAUACGCCACCUGCGCCAUCAUCGCGUCGCGAGGACAAGUCCCGCUCCCGCUCCCGCUCGCCGCCGCCGCCACCACCUCGCCGGCGCGAUUCUGCUAGUCGCGAAGAGCCAAAGGAGAAGAGUGAGGGUGAGGAACGGCGUCGCAAGAAGCUCGAGGGCCCGCUUUCCAAGAGCCGAUGGGCGUGAUACGUUAGUAGUAGCAUUGACAUAUCGAGUUGUGCCUGUGGGAUGCAUUGGAAGUCGAGAC